CGACUUUAUUGAGUGAUAACACUUCAGAAAGACAAUAUAAUUUCUACAAUUUACUGAUAACGAUUUUCCAAAAUACACUUUCUCAUGGAUGAUGAUUUUUUUUUUACCGGUACAUUCUGUUCAAUUAUAAUUAUUUUUAAUAUUACAUAAUUUAAAAAAAUAGAAUAUUGUUUUAUCUUUUUGAUAUUUAUUUUCGAAUUUUAAUAUGACUAUUAACCGUUAUUUAAUAUACUUUUCCUAUAUUGGAACUAGAUUUCGGUAAGCAAAUUUAAUGUAGAUAUUAUUCUUUAACUGUAAUAUAUACCUGUUAAUGUAUUUUUUCAGAUUUAUAUUUUUAAACCACUACUUUUAAGUAAUAUUACUUACGACCCACCUUAGGUUAAGAAUUAUUCAAAAUUUUACCAAGUGGGUCUAACCUAAAUAGUAAAAAUAUAAAUGGUAUUUGGUAAAAUGUAUACUUACAAUAUUUAAUUUGUUUCAUUUUAAAUUCAUGAAUAGUAAAACAACUAUUUAAAUUAAAUGACUUGUAUAUUAAAUAUGCUUAUAUUAAUUCAAUUGUAUUUUAACUAUAGUGGAGUACAACGUCAAUUGACUUAUGAUAUGACACAUUAUGAUGAUCCGUCUUCUGUUCAAGGAUUACUAGAAUAUGCUUUUAAACAAUUAAGCCCUAAAAACAUUCCUAAAUUACAUAUAUCAAGCCGGUUAGUAAACUUUCAUAAUCUUAUUUAUCUAUAUUUAUAUUUAAUAAAUAAAUUGCAUACAGUAGAAAAAAUGUUUAAAUUUGUAUUUCUCGUUAAUAUACAUAAUAAUUUAAGUUAUAUGUAAACUAAAUAAUAAUAAUAACUUCAUUGCACUAAUAAAUGUUCUGUACAUUCAAAACUGUGUUUGUCAUUAAUGGAAUGUUUAUAUUGAUAAUGUCAUACAUUUAGAAUGUAUGUAGUGUCUUCUGAGUGUAAACAAGUUUUUGCUUAAAAACAAAAAUAUGCGAUAUUGAAGAUUAAAAAAAUAUGUUAGAUUGUACUAAACUGAAAUUAUUAAUUCACAUUUUCAUCCAAAAGGUUUACAAAUAAUAUUGUAUUUUUUUUUUUAGGACGGAUCAAGGUGUUCAUGCAUUUAAAUCAUCUGCUCAUAUUGAUUUAGACCUACCGUAUUCCUGUCAUCCCAAUAAUAUAGUUUUCAAAGUUAACAGCUUCUUAAGCUCUUGCCAACUUCCUAUUAAGUAUAUCUAAAUGUUGACAUUUGUAAAUUAAAAACUAGUAUUUAACUAACUAAAUUUGUCAUACAAUGUAUCAAAUAAUUAUGGAAGGGGAAGGGACGAAAAGAGCUGCUAUUGUGUGAUCUGUGUAUAGUGAUAUACAGUCUUUAAAUCACCAUUCUUCUAAUAAAAUAAUAGUUUCCUAAAAAUUCUGAUUGUAUCACCAUCUUCAACAUUAAAACCUCUCUUCAAAAAUAAUUGUUUUCUUAAGUUUAUAAUAGACUUAUUCCAUAAUUUUUAUUGUUAGAUAAAAGUAAGGUAAAUUUUAGUUGAACUUUUAUUUUAUUGAUAUAAUAAAUAUAUGUUACUUUUUAGAUAAUAGUACUAAAAUUUAAUUUAAGUAAUCACUAUAAUAAAAUAUAACGAAUAUUUCAAAAUAUAGUCUACAAUAUAAAAAUAGACUCCUAAGUAAUUUAUAUUUUGUAAAUUAAUUUAUUUGUAUACAGAAAGCCAUUCAAAUAAUACCUAACAAAAAAAGUGAAGAUGAUAGAUUGUUUUUGAAUCAAAAUUCAUAUGAAAUUAUUGAAACAUUUUAAUAACAUUAUCCAGUGGCGUGCCUAGGGAUUUUUAAUGGAACAGGAUAUAGUAAAUAAGAAUUAUAAAUAGAUCAUAAAAUUUCUGCCCAACGCCAUUAUGCAAGUUUAAAAGGCAAUUUUUAAUUAAUAAAUUCAUCUUUUUCUUGUAACUUGAUUCAAAUAUAUAUAUUUCAAGAUUAAAUACUCUUUGUAUUUUUAAGCCAUUGGGGGAAGGACAUAAACCCUAACUUCUCGCUAUGCAAACCACUGAUUUUACUCAUAAAAUAUCUUACAAAUUACAGUUAUUUCAUCACAUACUAUUUAAAAAAUACAUUUUUUAGACUUGUUGGAGCUCAAUUAGUUUCUAACGAGUUCAAUGCUAGAGCAUGUGUCAAGUGGAGAAAAUAUUUGUAUCGAUUGGCAGUAAUUAAAGCAGAUUAUAAAGAUCUAUUUAAUGAAAGAUUUGUGUUUCCAAUUCCUAUUACAGAAGACAAUCGGUGUUAUUUUAUUCAGUAAGUCAUUUGUAUAUAUUAUUCAUUAUUAUUAACAAUAAUCCAUUUUAUUUUAUUCUUAUUUUAGUAAUCCUGAGUUUGAUCCAGAACGUGUGAAAAAUGUAUUGCCCCUAUUUAUUGGAACUAAAGACUUCAGAACAUUUAUGGGAUCUCCCAAACUUAAUCCUGAGUACUAAAUUAUCUUCAAUAUUUUUAAUAGAAUACAGUUGUAGACUAAAUAUAAUUUUACUGAUUUAAGGUUGAGUUUUGCUUUUAGCUUGAGUUUUUCCAUAAGAUAUAGUGACAUAAUAUACAUUGUACCCUGCAAAACAUGUCAUUGAUUGUAUAAUUGUAUACAAUAUAAAUAGAAGUGUGAGGAGAACAUCCACAGCCUUUUUUUUUUUUUCAAUGAUAAUGCUGGUUCAGCACUAAUAUACUUAACUAUGCAUCUAUAUACAUUUUCAUAAUAAAAAAAUAAAUCUUUACACUGAGUAACUAGGAAAACCUAGAAAAACUAGGUAGUUCAACCAUUAUAGAUUUAUCAUUUUAUUUGUUUAUUUAAAUUUAAAUUCUAAGUGGAGCGAGGAAGGUAUUAGUUUUAUAAUGCUAUUUUUUUUUUCUGUGGAUAAUUUGUUUACACCAAUUUUGCUCUGAUCUACAAUUCUAGCAUUUUUUCUGAAAAAAAAAAAUCUGACUAAAAUGAUACUUUAGGAGGUACUUUUUUUAUUUUCUGAGGAUUUUUCUCAACCAAUGUGAAAAACCAGAAAAAAAACAUGGGAAAAUGUACAAUGUUAAACAAUUAUAAUUUAAAAAAAUAUAUAAUGCCUAUCUAAUUAUUUAUUUUACCAUAAUAUGACAUAUAUAUUGUUAACAAAGUGUCACUAUCAACUGAAAUGUGUUCAGAAUUGUUUUUUCAUGGUUUAUCUUUGUUUACAGAUAUACAUUAAAUUCCCUUCUGUAUCCAAUCUUCCUAGUUUCCCAUCUACAACAGUAGCUGCACUCGUCCUUAUUAUUCUAGGACAGCUUUUUUUUUAUUGUAUUGUUUGAAUUAAUUUAAUUAAUAUUUUGUAACAUGUUUCUGCAUGUAAUACCUCAUCAAACUUUCAAUAAUUUAAUUUUUUUUCAGUAUGAAUACACUACGCACAUGGAAUAGUAUUGAAUUAAUUCCAAGCCAGUCAUUCUAUCCUACAGAAUUUGACAAAUAUUACUCUUAUUGGGAUAUUCAUGUCAAUGCAAGAUCAUUUCUUUAUAAACAAGUAAGAAUAUUCAAUUUUUUGUCAUAUUUGUUGGUCAGUUAAUUUUUAUUAUUAUAAAAAACUUAAAAAUUUAUCAAAUUGUUGUAGGCACUAACUAAUCAUAAAUAAUAUAGAUUUAUAUAUAUUUUUAAUCCAUUGUUUGGUUCCACAUGUAUCUGUAACAAGAGUUUUUAGCGCCUUUGGCCACACAUAAAUUCACACUCUUAUAACCUACCUUUAUUAUUUUUACUAUACUUAGAUUAUAGGUUUUUUUUAUUUUUGUACUGGAUGUGCACUUAGCCUGUGCUAGUCACACUAAGUCUUAGCUACAUCUCUGAUCCCAUAAAUAUCACAAGUCAGAGCCCUAGUGCAGCAAAAGUUAAUUUUAAAGCUGAAAUAAUGCUUUUACUUUAAUUUUGGGAACACAAAAACUAUAAAAAUGUUGACUCUGCAGUUUUGGAAGUCAACAUUGCAUAUAUUUUGUACACACUAUUUUUAAAACUCUGGUGUUUAUGUUGAAUUUUAUUUAAAAUGUGUAUAGAUACAAAUCAUACAUAUUAUCUAUAUUAAAUUAGAAUAUUGCAGUAUUAUAAAAUUUAUUUUAAUAUCAAAAUUGUAAUUGUUAUUUUUUUUUUUAGAUUAGACGUACUGUUGGUGUGCUCAUUAAAGUUGCACAGAAUUCAUUAACAUAUAACGAUGUUAAAUAUAUGUUUGACAAUCCAUCAGGUAAUAGUUGGAAUCCUAAAGCAUCAACAGCGCCAAGCCAUGGUUUAUAUUUGUAUGAUAUGGGUUAUGAUGAAGAAGAUUUAGCAGUGCCAAUAGAUAAGUUAGAAGAACCUAUUCAAAUUGAAAAACAAGUUAAAGAUUCUAUAGAGUUAAAAAAAGAAAUUAUUAGAAAUCGUAUAGAAAAACGAAGAGCUUCACUUUUAGAUCGUACUAGCAAGUCUCUUGAAAAAAUAAAAAAUCAUGAGCUUCUUAGAUCAGUUGAAAAAUAAAAAAAAUAAUUUAGAAAAAGUAGAAACUAAAGUAACUACAGAAAGUGGUCUUGUUUUUAAAGAAAUAAAAUCAGCAGAUGGUUUCAUAAGGCAAUUAUUAAACAAACAGACUUAUGGUUUUGUUGUCGACACAAAACCAGAUCUUAGUGUUAGUAACAUAUUUGAAUUUUUGUAUUUUGGUUCUCAAGAUGUUGCAUGUGACCCUAAUAUAUUAAAUGUACUCCAAAUAACUGAUAUAUUAAGCAUUGGUAUAAGUGUACCAAAAUACAACAAUUUAGUGUACACAUUUAUUGAAGCCUAUGAUAUACCGUCAUUUAAUAUGCAAAAUGUUUUUGAUAAAUGUUUUUUAUAUAUUGAAAACAUUCGUCUGCUAGAUCGCCGUGUAUUUGUUCAUUGUAAUGCUGGCGUAUCUCGUUCACCAACUAUUAUUAUUGCAUAUGUUAUGAAACAUUUAAAAAUUGGUUUUGAAGAUGCUUUUAAACUUGUUAAGAAAUCCAGAUCAAAUAUUAAUCCUAAUGCUGGUUUUAUUUCACAAUUAAAAAAAUUUGAGAACAAUUUAAAAUUGAAUAUGUAAUUGUUACAUUUACAAUAUAAUAUGUUUUUUUUAAAUUUAUGUUAUUUUAUCUGAAUUUCUUUAUUGAUGUACAAUAUUGACAUUAAAUACUAUGAAAUAUAAAUUUGUUUAUAUUUUUGUAUAAAAUGGCCAUGUUUUUAUUAACAUAAAGGUUUAACCACUCAACUGUAUAAUAGUUGAGGUACCUACUUAGUUCAAUGAGUUAUAUAUAAAUAAUUUAGACAACAUAUUUAAAAAAAGGAAAUUUAUAAUUUAAACAUAUAGGAAUUCUUUUUCAAAUAAGUACUCAACAAAAUUAUAACCCUUCAAAAUAAUUUUAGGUACCUUUUAUACACAUUUUAUAAGAAGU